AAUGGCAGCUGGUGUUGUUUCUUCCCAGUGGGGGGAGACGCCCAGGGCGUGUGACCAGAGCGAUGUCCCGCCCGCCCCCCUCUCCCCUGUACACCCUGCGGGGGGCUGGGGCGCCCCUAAACACCCUGCACUUCAGCUGUGAUGGAGGGGACCCCCCUCUGCUGUUCUCUGGGUCAGGCAAAGGGGCUGUUCACGUGUGGAAUCUGAACACCCGGAGAGCUGAGAAGGUUCUGGAAGGACACUCAGGGAGCUCUGUCAUCUGGCUGGACACGUUCCAGUCCAGAGAGUCCCUGAUCAGCCAGGGCCGGGACAUGCGGGUGUGCCUGUGGGACCUGAGUGAGGGCCGGGGCCUGCUGCUGGACUCCCUGUUCACCGGCUCUGUGGGCUUCUGCUGCUGCGGCCUGCUGCAGACGGGCCCUGGGGCUGGGCUCCUGGCCCUCCCCGGGGGCCACGCCGAGGAGGUGAAGGUGGUGGAGCUGCCGGGGAAGACGCCCGUCUGCUCACUCGUGCCCGACGCCAAGCUGGGGAUGGUCAUGUGCCUCAAGCUGUGGCAGCCAGACUCCAGCCCCGGCCCUCUCCUAUUGGCUGGUUACGAGGACGGCUCCCUGCUGCUGUGGGAUGUAUCCCAGAGGUCUGUGCUGAGCCGCCUGGCCGCCCACCUGGAGCCCGUCAUGUGCCUGACCUUUGACCCCCCCACGGGAAGAGGCGUCUCGGGCUCGUCGGAGAACAGCCUGUCCUCCUGGAGGCUGGACGGACAGCUCAACCUGCAGGCCCAGGACCCGGUUCCCCUGGUGAACCCGGGGGUCUCCCAACUGUGCGUCCGGGAGGACGGCAAGAUCCUGGCGUCGGCCGGCUGGGACCACCGCGUGCGGGUGUUCGGCUGGAAGAGGCUGCGGCCCCUGGCCGUGCUCCAGCAUCACACUGACAUGGUGCUCAGCGUGGCCUUCUCAGACCACCCAGACCCCACACACAGGCUUCUGGCCGCGGGCUCCAAAGACCGGCGCAUCAGCCUCUGGUCCAUAUACAACGACGCCUCGCACACUGGCUAAGGCGCCGAGUCCUUUGAGCUCUUCGGACAUGUGAACUCCUAAAUGAUAUCGGUGUUACCCCUCCAUAGAGAGUCCUCUACACUGUGAUCAAGGCCAUGGCAGAGUUAACUUAGGUUGAUGACUUGCAUGUCACAUUGUUGAUGUUGAUGUGAGGGGAGUGCCAUGUGUGUUACAACAAGCUUUUGUUUUUUUAAAUGUGCUGUGUGUGCUUCCCAGAUCACAGCAUUCACUGUUUUUCAUCCCUCCAUUUUUCUUUCACAAGUUGCCACCCAAGACCACAUACAUCUGCAUUCUAAACACUGUACAGUAUGAGUAAAAAAAAAAUGAAUUCAAAAAGUGUUCAGUCCAAAAGGCUGAUGUUUUAUUAUUUUUGUCAAAAUGUCAAAAUCUUAAAAAAUAUUUCAGUGUGUUUGCUCAUCUGGGGGGAGAUGUGCUUGAGGGGACUUGAAUUUGAGGUGUGAGUCUCACCUGAGUGACUGUGUAAUCCAGGCUUGUUUUUCUACCAGGUCUGAGUUUAACACGGACCCUGAUUUGACCUGGCCUGCUUUAUUCAAACAAGGUUAAUCACUGCAGCCGGGCAGAACACACAAAGCAGGUUUAAACGAGUGACAGUCACUAUUGUCCCAUAAUAACCUAAGGCAACUGAGUUUCUUUAGCAUUGCUUAGGUUUAUAUAUGUUUGAAUAGUAUAGGCCUGUGUACUGUGCACCCAGAGGCCAUAUUUGUUGAAAUUUAAAAUAUUUUUUAAUUAAUAAAAUAUGUUCUUUAUACAUGGAUUAAUUAUUACUCUAAGUAUCUGCACACGCCUUCUAUAAAAUCUGUAGAUUUUUCAUUUAAUUUGUCACAUUCAUGGUGUAUUCAAAGUCUGACAGGCAGGCUGGAAAAGAGAGGUCGUUUAUUCCCGUUUGAGAGUCAAUGCCGCUUCUAACAAUAUCCUUGUGAGUCAUCGAGCUGCAUGGAACUUCAUACUUUACACGGCCGUAUAGGCUACAGACGGGACUUCAAACAGCUUCGGGGCGUUCUGCUUCAUAAAGGACCCGUCUUGUGGGAUGACCCAGACUAGAGCAGGCCUAGACGCUACAGGAAGGCUAGUGCCAUCAUAGUGCCCGGACCGGCACAAACUCCGUGUUACCAGCUCAGAGGAAAGACAAGCCCCGCCAUUACCCGAGCUUCCCUGUCGUAGACCGUGUCCUUGUGUCCCUCCACUGUUCCUCCACACCUCCGUCCCUGACCUCUGCAGGGAUUCCCAUCUAUAAUAGCUUCCUACUUCUCCUGUAGACUUUGAACAAAUAACAGAGGUGACGGGGGGCGGCUUCCGCCCAUUCUCUGCUAAAUCAAAUACCAGGCAGUCCCUCGCAGUUGCGGGUUGAACGAGAAGAAACAAGCGAAGUGCGUCCACGUCGUAAAUCAACUCAUAAUAAAUGAUUUAGGAAGUCAAUAAAUGAACGGGUGCCCCAUGACGGUGCCGGAUACUGACAAAAUACUCCACGCCUCAAGUGUGUUCUCUUUAGUCUUUUAGGGAAAGGUUCAGCUAUGCUUUGUGAUUGGAUAGCUUCUGUAAUUAUGGGUUUAAUUAGGUGGUGACUGUUGCGUGAGCAGUACUGUGACUGACUGAAGAUAUAAAUGAAAAUUAACAAGAUUGUAAAAUCUUGUGCAUGCAGACGACUAGCUUGUUUUUUUUCUAUUGAUUGUAUGUGAAGCAUCACGGUUCCCGCUCUCUGGUGAUGACUUGCUUUUGUAUUCAGCAUAAAACGUCCAUCAUCGAUAGCAAAUUAAAUAUAAACUUUAAAACCUCUACGGUCGCUGAAAAGCGGGGGAAAAUAGGAACCACGUGCCCAAGGUAAACGAGCCCCGAGAGUCUGCAGUCAGGUAUGUUUUUAAUAUCUCUCCCCAGAUAUGCCAAGUUGCAGAGGUGCGGCAGCAGAAAUGUACACAAAGGUAAAACAAACCGAGUGCAACUCUGAUCGGCCUGUCACAACAGACCUUCCACAUGCAGAUGGGUGUCAAAAGAUGCGUUGGGUUCUUCUUCGUCUCCUCAUCUGUCAGUGGCAAAACAUUUGGCACCGUAUUUUGGGGAGGCUGGAGACAUCUGUGCAUAUUUAGAAAGACUAAAAAGUACGCGUUUGCUUUUCUUAAACGUCGUUUUAAAGUUGCUUGUUCCACAGGUUCAGCCUUAAACACACCAUGCACGCAAACGUGCGUGGAGUCGAAUGAAUGGAAUGCAGUUGAAUUUGUUUAAACAACAGAACAUGCGGUGUUGUUGUAGCUUAAAUGAUGUAGCCAUAUGUUAGGAAUGCAGCAUCUUCAAAUAUUUAUUGAGAUUUGUAUCAUGCGUUAGUGAUAGCCGUGUAAAGCAUUUGCGUUUCGAUUAACACCGAGCCUACGUUGAGAGAUGUCAUAUUUGUUUUAGGUUAUGUAAAGUUUUAUUUGAUGCUUGUAGAUAGAUCUAAUGUCCUCGCCAACUAAAAACUAUUAACCCAUAAUAAUAGGCCUAUUAGGCAUAGGCUACUGCAGUUCCGUGUGUCUCCUCUGGCGGGCAUGAUUUCAUUAAGGCAACUUCGAAGCUAUUUAAUAGAGUAGCCAAUGUCCAUAUUCAAUGUUUGUAUAAAUUUGUCUGUCUAAAUGUGACCUCUAAAAAUGACCUUAAAUUACUUGACCACUGCUGAGUUGAUAGAUCAACUGAGGGAUUUGUCAGCUUCGAUUUGACACUCAUGGGUGAAAUGGUCGAAAUAUUGUUUUUAGUUUCAUAUUCUCUUCCGUCUAAUAAAUAAUAGCCUACUUUGAAAAACCUUUGUUGUGUCAAAGCGGUAAUUAGUCGUCAGUUGGACGGUCAUUGGUCCUGUCCUCACCUGCCGGGCCCCAGCUAACUGCCAGCUGGAGAGGGGCACAGGUUCGACCACCGCCGGCCUCACAUCAAGGCGAAGCGCGGAAGGAUAAACACAGCUGGGUCGAUCUAACGGAAGAGUCCUGGGUCUCGGUAUCCUCGCCUUCCUGACGGCCAACUUCUGAUUACCUCUACCGGGAUUCGGCUCACGCGAAGGGA